AUGAAAGGCACAGAAGGACCCAACUUUUAUGUCCCCAUGUCUAACAAGACUGGGGUGGUUCGCAGCCCCUUUGAGCACCCUCAGUACUACCUGGCUGAGCCCUGGAAGUACUCUAUUGUGGCUGCGUACAUGCUGUUCCUCAUUUUUACCGCCUUCCCCAUCAACUUCCUCACACUCUUUGUCACCGUCAAAAACAAAAGGCUGAGGAACCCUCUGAACUAUGUCCUGCUCAACCUGGCCGUGGCCGACCUCUUUAUGGUGGUUGGCGGCUUCACGGUCGCUCUCUACACCGCCCUGAAUGGGUACUUCAUCUUGGGCGUCACCGGCUGCAACGUUGAGGGAUUCUUUGCCACCUUAGGAGGAGAGAUUGGUCUCUGGUCCCUGGUGGUUUUGGCUAUUGAGCGCUACGUUGUGGUCUGUAAACCAAUGACCAACUUCCUCUUUGAGGAAAAACAUGCCAUAGCUGGCCUGGCUUUCACAUGGAUCAUGGCCCUGACCUGUGCUCUUCCCCCUCUGCUCGGAUGGUCACGGUACAUCCCAGAGGGAAUGCAGUGUUCCUGUGGAAUCGACUACUACACUCCCAAUCCUGAGUUCCACAACACCUCAUUCGUCAUCUAUAUGUUUGUCCUUCAUUUCACGAUCCCCCUCUUCAUCAUUUUCUUCUGCUACAGUCGCCUACUCUGCACUGUGCGAGCGGCUGCAGCCCAGCAGCAGGAGUCUGAAUCCACCCAGAGAGCGGAGAAGGAGGUGACCCGCAUGGUUAUCGUCAUGGUGGUGUCCUUCCUGAUGUGCUGGGUGCCCUACGCCACCGUGGCCUGGUACGUCUUUGCCAAUCAAGGGACUGAGUUUGGACCAGUCUUCAUGACCGCUCCCGCCUUCUUCGCCAAGAGUUCUGCUCUGUACAACCCGAUCAUCUACAUUCUGCUGAACAGACAGUUCAGAAACUGCAUGAUCACCACGGUGUGUUGUGGAAAAAACCCAUUUGGAGAGUUUGAGGUCUCUGGUGCUUCCACAUCCAAAACUCAGACUUCAGUCAUAUCCAGCCAAGUGGCCCCUGCUUGA